AUGAGACUCGGUCAACACGUUAGUUUCAUUUUCGUUAAGUCUGCCGAAUUUACCAAAGAGCCUCACGAUUUCUUCCUUUUUGGGAAGUGGAAAUUCAGGAGUGAACGUCACAAGCAGGCACGUAAAGAACCCAUUUUCACUCUAUCCUCACUUUUACCUCCAUCCCAAAUGCUCUCUUUGGCUCUCUUUCCCAUAAGCUUUGCAACACUCUUCUGUGGGCCCAGAAUAGGCACCUCGAUGAGGACACUAAAAUCUUCACCAGAUGGGUCCUUCACGGAUUUGUUCUUAUCCUCGAGCCCUUCAAUCCAAACGGGCUCAUAA